GCUGGGUACAGCUGCACCGGCGUGCGCGGCGCAUCCUCCCUGUGUCUCGCUGCACUGGGACCCCACCAUAUGGUGAAGUGAAAGUUACGGCUCUAAGGUGGUAAAGUUUCGUUGUUUGGAAGCGCAGCAGAGUGCGGUGCCCGGCGGUGCACGAAGCGGGGGCCGCCGCCUUGCUCUCAGAAAUGGCCAGGCGAGACAGCAGCAGUGACAGUGAUUCCAGCUCAUCCAGCAGCAGCAGUGGCAGUAGUAACAGCUCUUCCAGUAGCAGUUCAAGCAAUUCAAGUGGAAGUAGCAGCAGCAGUAGCAGCAGCAGCAGCAGUGGUAGUACAGGAAGCAGUAGUGGGAGUUCUUCUUCAAGUCUCGAGAAGAAAAGGGGAAAAUCACCCAGAAAUACCAGGAGGAGAAAAGAAGAAAGGCACUCUGAGAGAAGAGAGCGAACUUCCUCACAUGGGGACCACCGGAUGAGGACAUCUAAUCGAGACAGAAGAGAUGAAAAGCUAACCUUCAGAGAAGAAAGGCAUUCAGAUACCAAACAAUCAAGCUGGUCAAAGGAAAGAAGGCCAGAGAGUGUCAGAAGGCGCCGUUCACCAGAACCUUCUUGGAAAGAACCUUCAAGAAGUCAUAGUCCUCAAGAGUUUAGGCGAAGGUACAGUCCAGAUUCAAGGAGUAAAACUGGGGAUGAUAGGAAUAGAAGACGCAGAAGAAAAUCUAAUAGCUCUUCCCCCAGACAACAAAGGCGGGAAUGCAGAUCCACUUCCCGCAGUCCUCGCCGGUCAUCAAGGAAAGAGGCUACAACUUCAAAGUAUAGCAUUAGAUCAGAGAAGGCUGACAGUCACAAAAGAAGUCCGGACAGUAAGGACAAAAGAUCUAAAGAAAUGCGCCCAUCCAGUAGCAGGAGAAGUUUACAGGUAGAAGAAAAUACUCGUCGAGCACGUUCAAGAAGCUAUAGUCCUUCAAGAUCAAGGCAGUUCCAUUCAAGUCGUGAUUCAAAGGAGAAAAUCAGGAAGAGUAGACAUCGAAGAUCAGAUAGCUCGUCUCAUAGUCCUCACAGAGAAGGUCAUAAAAGUUCCAAGAGUCCUGAUUCACAUUCUUCAAAUAUAAGAAACAAAUCCCAGAAAAACAGCAAAAUAGUAGAAUCUGAACCAGAGAGAAGAAAAGAAGAAUGUAUUGUUACACAGGGAAGAGGUAAUGCUUCUGAAAGUCCAGAUAGUAAUGAGCCAAGCACCAAAUCACCAAGCACCAAACAGUCUGAAGUAUGCUCUGUUGGAGAAUGUUCCCGAAAUAACAGUCCUGAAAGUACAAAACCAAAUUCUCCAAGUGUCUCCUCCAGAAGUAGAGGUGAUGAUCGUGAAUGUACUCCUCAAGCACAGCAACAAAAACCUGAUGCUUCACCACAUUCAAGUGCAAUAGAAACACACAAAUCAGAGAUAGAAAGUCCCAGAUCAUCACAUGAUGAAAUUUCUGAUUUUCAGAAAAGCAGAAUGGUACGUCCAGAUUGUCUGGAAGAAAGUAAAACUCCUACAAACCAGGAAGAAUGUAGCCAUGAACCAAGUCCUGACCAAGGGACACAGAAUUGGUCCGAGAAUAUACAUUCCACAAGCAAUAGAACUCUUACUGUCUCUCCUACAAGUUUGGAGAAAGAUUUGCCUGCAAGUAUCAGCAAUGAAGAAUCAAGAAGUAAAAAGAAAAGUAAAAAAAACAGAAGUAGAAAUUCUUCUGCAAGUUCAAGACGAAGAUCGUCCAGUACAUCAUCUUCCACCUCCUCAUCAUCAUCGUCUUCAUCAUCAUCAUCCUCUUCUUCCUCCUCUACCUCUUCCUCAUCCUCAUCAUCUUCAUCGUCUUCAACAUCCAGUGAAGAAGAGAGCAAAGAUAAGCCUGGCUCUGAUUUAGAGCAGCGGAUAUCACUUCCUGGUCUUCAUUCUGAGAAGUCACCAUUAUCUGUACUUGACGAUGGUGGGAGAACAGGACCUGAUGGUAACAAAGACAGGUUUGAAGCUUUUCAAUCGUCAGAUGAAAAAAGGGUGCUUUGUCCUGCAGAUAGUACUGGAAAAAUCCCUUCUCAAAGUCAUAGUCCUCUGCAGGACCAGGACCAAGACCAAUCCCAGUUGCCAAGUUCGUGUGGUCAAAUGUAUGGAAAUCAAUCACCUGAAAGGGAAAUACAGAGUCCUAAUGGAGUAUCUUCAAGUGAGAAAAAACAUGACUCCGACGCAUCAGAAUCUUCCCCAGUUCGGGUUACACCGAGUUCUCAAAAAAGUGGAAAGUUUCUGUCAGACACUGAAAAAAUAGAUGAAAGGAGCAGUCAAAAAAUAAGUCCUGAAAAUAAAGAACCUGACAGUACUUUGUCAUCUGAUCUGGGAGGUGAUAAUUCAAAUAUCCAAAGUCCACAUGUAUCCAGUCAAAGACAACAGAGUCCGAUUUUAGGAAGUACUGAUGGAAAGGAACCAAAGUAUCCUCAGAAAAAGAGGCAACGAUCAUCUUCCUCUGAGAGGAGGGAUGGUUCUGGAUCCAGAUCCGGAUCUGAGAGUCCGGGUGCACCUCCUCGGAAGAUGAAAUCCAAGUCAUGUAGCCCAGUUUCAAGUUUGAGGAAACUAUCAGGACAUUCUCGGUCAUCUUCACCCAAAGAGCAGGAUGAAGAGAGCAGAAAAUCAAGGGACAAAUCAGGCAUACAAAUGGUUGAAAACAUUCCUCAGAAUGAGAGAGAAAUUGUCUCUGCCAGUGAAGCUCCCGUUAAUUUGGAGAAUCCUGUGAGGAUUGGAGGUGGAGAGAUUUCAAGUAGCUCAGACAGUGAGGAAAGUGCGGCAAGCAGUGGUACAGCUGUGCAAAAAAUGAAAAGCAGCGUGGUACAGAUACAGCUUAACUCAAACGAGGAGAGGGCAGACAGCCACAGUCCACGUCGAAGAAGUUCCUCUCCUGAACACAGGCAUAAAGGUCGUGAAAGGUCGCGCUCUAGAUCCCCUCGAGAUACAGGCAGGAAUGCUUGUGACAGAAGAGUAUCCAGCAAUGGCAGAUAUAAUGACAAAAAUUUACAGUCUAGAAAUAAAGACAAAGAGAGACACAUAAACAUAGAUCGUGAAUCAGAUCACAAGAAGAGGACAAAAUCACCAUCACCUAUAACAAGGAAUGAGGAAGAUGAUGUCACUCAAAGUUCCAAUGAGCCCCCAUCGAAAAGGAAAAAGGCAGAAUUGGAUCCUAUUCUAACACGGACAGGUGGGGCAUACAUUCCUCCUGCAAGACUAAGAAUGAUGCAAGAGCAAAUUGCGGACAAAAGCAGUUUGGCAUAUCAGCGAAUGAGUUGGGAAGCAUUAAAGAAGUCAAUUAAUGGUCUCAUCAACAAAGUGAAUGUCUCAAACAUAGCUAAUAUUAUUCAUGAACUUCUUCAAGAAAAUAUUGUUCGGGGAAGGGGAUUGAUUUCAAGAUAUAUUAUACAGGCACAGACGGCAUCUCCUAUAUUUACACAUGUUUAUGCUGCUGUUGUGGCAAUCAUAAAUUCUAAGUUUCCUCAAAUUGGGGAGCUGAUUCUCAAAAGAUUGAUUUUGAACUUUCGCAAAGGUUAUCGCAGAAAUGAUAAGCAACUGUGCCUUUCAGCCUGCAAGUUUGUAGGUCAUCUUGUUAAUCAGAACGUUGCCCAUGAAGUCUUAUCUUUGGAAAUGCUCACAUUAUUACUGGAACGGCCUACGGAUGACAGUGUUGAAGUGGCAAUCGCUUUUCUGAAAGAGUGUGGAAUGAAACUGACAGAAGUUUCUCCCAGAGGCAUUAAUGCAAUAUUUGAACGUCUUCGGAAUAUCCUUCAUGAAUCUCAAAUUGACAAGCGAGUCCAAUACAUGAUAGAGGUUAUGUUUGCAAUUCGUAAGGAUGGAUUUAAGGAUCACCCCGUCAUACCCGAAGGUCUCGAUCUGGUUGAGGAAGAUGAUCAGUUUACUCAUAUGCUUCCCUUAGAGGAUGAUUAUAAUCCUGAAGAUGCGUUAAACGUCUUCAGGAUGGAUUCAGAGUUCCUUGAUAAUGAACAGAAGUACAAGGAUCUAAAAAGAGAAAUUCUUGAUGAAGGUAGUAGUGAUUCUGCUUCUGGUGGUGAAGAGGGUGAUGAUGAUACAGAAAGUGAUGAUGAUGAAGAUGAAGCUGAGACCGAGGAAGGUGUAAAGAAAAUAACCAUACAUGACAAGACUGAAGUAAACCUUGUUUCAUUUCGUCGUACCAUUUAUCUUGCUAUCCAGUCCAGUUUGGAUUUCGAAGAAUGUGCACAUAAAUUAUUGAAGAUGGAAUUUCCUGAAAGUCAAACUAAAGAACUAUGCAAUAUGAUUUUAGAUUGCUGUGCACAACAAAGAACGUAUGAAAAAUUUUUCGGUCUUUUGGCUGGUCGCUUUUGCAUGUUAAAAAAGGACUAUAUGGAAGCUUUUGAAGGAAUCUACAAAGAACAGUAUGAAACUAUACAUCGGUUAGAAACCAACAAACUACGCAAUGUGGCCAAGAUGUUUGCACACCUCCUGUACACAGAUUCAAUUCCUUGGAGUGUUCUCGAAUGUGUCCAUUUAAGUGAAGAAACAACAACAUCUUCCAGCAGAAUCUUUGUAAAGAUCCUUUUUCAAGAGCUUUGUGAAUAUAUGGGACUCCCCAAACUAAAUCAAAGACUACAGGACAUAACUCUGCAGCCUUUCUUUGAAGGUCUCUUUCCCAGGGAUAAUCCACGCAAUACUCGAUUUGCUAUCAAUUUCUUUACCUCUAUUGGUCUUGGAGGGCUAACAGACGAAUUACGAGAACAUUUAAAAAAUGCUCCGAAAAUCAUAAUGACACAGCAGCAAGAUGUUGAAUCAUCAGAUUCUUCUUCCUCAUCCACUUCCUCCUCGGACUCUGAUUCAGAUUCUUCCUCCGAUUCAGAAUCGGGAAGUAGUGGAAGUAGCAGUGACAGUGAUAGCAGUUCAGGAUCAUCUAGCAGUAGCUCAUCUUCCAGCAGUAGCAGUGAUUCAGAUGAUUUAAAUUCAAAGAACCAGAAAAUACAGAACAAAAAGGACCGAGGUGAAGAAAAAAUAGACAACAGAAAAAGGCCACGUGAGAAAGAAGGAUCUAGAAAAGAGCAAGAACGUGGAUAUCGAGGUGGAAGUGAGGAACAGGAAAGAAGUAGUGUCAGAACACAUAGGAAACCUAGAGAGAGAAGAGAUGACUCAGACAGACAUGAUAGGGAGGACAGGAAUGAAAGAGAUCGCAAACGCAGUGAUAGGUAUAAAGAACAUGAUCGAAACCGUGACUUUACAGAUAAACAUACUGAAUACAGAAAAGAAGAUGCAAGGAACCAUUCUCGUUCUGAAAAUGAUAGGAACAGCUCCAGGAACAAGGAUAGCAAUGAUCAUUACAGUCAUAGCAGAGAAUUGUCAAAAUCUAGAGAGAAGUGUCGUGAAGAAAUCCAAACCUCGAGAAAUAGUGAAGAAGACCGCCCAAAAAAUGGUGUAGAUAAGCGAUCUGGAAAGCACGAUCGUCUUGAGAGUAGAUAUUCAGAACGUUCUAAGGACUACAGAAAAGAUGACGGCAGGUACAGGGAAAGUUCUCCAAGAAGACACUGAGUAUUUACAAUGCUGCUACUAAGCAAAAAUUAAAAAACUGCAUUGCCAAAGCUCUGAUGAAGGCCACAGAAAUCCAAUAACUAAAGAAAAAGGAACCAGGUCUUGGAUAGAACUGCCGAUCUGUACGUAGUUUCCACUGGAAUCUCACAAACUGCUAUUUCCAGUUGUCAUCUUUUGUAAUUAGUGAAAUCUGCAUUUAAAAAGAAUGAGUAAAUACAUUCAACCAAGUCUUCUUUUUGGACAAACCUGGAAGGUGUGCAGAUUUAUUUUGUGGACAGUGAUACAUUUGAUAAUGGAUUUAUAGAGGAUUUGACAUUCUCUUAUUUCAUGUAAAUGUUUUGUUUGUCAACUCAAAUAAAAAUCGUGCAGAUAUGUCACCAUUUUGGAGGUUUU